AUGGCCUCGACCACAUCCACCAACACCAACACAACCGGCACAGCAAGUAAGACCACGACCGGGACAUUCACACUCCUCCUCUUCGCGUCCGCGAGCACCUUUGCCGGCGGGGUCGAGACACUCCGGCUCCCCGCGCCGACGACGCUGCGCGGGGUCUUUGACGCCCUCGAGGCGCAAUUCCCGGGCAUGCGCGACGCGGUGCUCCGCAGCGCGGCCGUGACGGUGAAUCUCGAGUAUAUUGACGUUGAUCCUGACAUCGACGCUAACGCUAACGCCGCCGCUACCGCUGCCGGGCAAAAGCGAGAUGGGGACGUCGGGGGCGAUGCGACCGACAAGGGUGACGGGCUGGAUAUGGUGAUCAACGCGGGCGACGAGGUCGGAAUCAUCCCGCCGUACGUGUACUCUGGACCUCCCAACGGUCUGCUCCGCGAUGCAGGCCGCAGCCAAACGAGCCGACCAAUUCUCGUGUGCUCGGACUAUGCCAACACCAUCUGGAGGAUCCAAGAGCUCCUCAAAAUUGUCGAUACUAAUGCAUUCGGUCUUCGAGUUCGCCUGUCUGGACCCACAUAA